UAAGAAACAUGCGGAAGCAUUUUGCCGGUGCACACCUGCCAACAGAAACAGCGGGAUAACAAUUCCAGUGUCAGGACAUAUUAUCUUUUAACCAAAAUAUAACCUUUAUUUGAGUUUUUUUUUUGUUAUCGUAAUGGCUACAACAUCCGACGCAGGUGAUUUGCAAGAAAGCCGAACUCGUCUCUGCGAAGAGUUUGCCGGCAUUGCGGGGACCGAUAGCGCCGUGGCUCAGUGCUACCUGACUGAGAAUGAGUGGGACAUGGAGAGAGCAAUAAACUCGUUCUUCGAGGCUGACCUGGAGAAAGCGUUUGAGGCAGAGUGUUCUUCAGAUAAGGAGACUGGCGAGCCUGCAACCAUGAGACAGAAAGUGGAGGAAAAAGCUCCAACAGAGAGAAUAGACUUAACUGGAGAGAGUCCCGGCUCGUCAUGCAAGUCCCCCGAGAAAGACGCCGGGCUGUCGCUCAUCUCUUGGAAUGUGGACGGACUGGACAUGGAGAAUCUGGGGGACCGCGCCAGGGGCUUGUGCUCCUACUUAGCCCUAUACACACCCGACGUGGUCUUCCUGCAGGAGCUCAUCCCCUCGUAUGUCCAGUAUCUAAAAAAACGGGCAGUCAGCUACCUUAUCAUUGAAGGAAACGAAGACGGCUACUUCUGUGGCAUGAUGCUGAAGAAGGCGCGGGUCAAACUGGUGGAGAGUGAGAUUGUGGCCUACCCCACCACUCAGAUGAUGAGGAAUCUUCUGGUGGCUCAGGUGAGCUUCAAAGGCAGCAAGCUGUGCCUGAUGACGUCUCAUCUGGAGAGUUGCAAGGGCCAGGCAAGCGAGCGGAUGAAACAACUCAGGGAGGUGAUGCGGAGGAUGAGGGAGGCACCCGACGACAUUACUGUCCUCUUUGGCGGGGACACAAACCUCAGGGACACGGAGGUGGCUAAGGUGGGCCUGCCCGCUGGCGUGUGCGACGUGUGGGAGCGCCUAGGCAAGCAGGAGCACUGUCGCUACACAUGGGACACCAAGGCCAACAGCAACAAAGGCGUCCCGUAUGUCAGCCGGUGCCGCUUCGACCGCAUCUACCUGCGCCCGGCAUCCCGCGAUGGAGUUCCCAGCUUGUCCCCUGACCACAUGGCUCUGGUGGGUAUGGAGAAGCUGGACUGUGGCCGCUUCACCAGCGACCACUGGGGCAUCUACUGUAGCUUCACAUGAUCACUUUCUAAUUUUUACAUAAUGCUUUUGUUUUAAAGAACAUCUUAAGAUAUAAUUAAUAAAUGUAUGCACUAGGGCUGCGAAUCUUUGGGUGUCCCACGAUUCGAUUCAAUAUCGAUUCUUGGGGUCACGAUUUGAUUCAAAAUCGAUUUUUUUUUUUUUAUUCAACGCGAUUCUCGAUUCAAAAACCAUUUUUUCCCGAUUCAAAAUGAUUCUCUAUUCAUUCUAUACAUAGGAUAUCAGCAGGAUCUACCCCAGUCUGCUGACAUGCAAGCAGAGUAGUAAACUUUUGUAAAAAGCUUUUAUAAUUGUAAAAGACAAUGUUUUAUCAACCGAUUGCAAUAAAUGAUAAAUGGGUUGUA